AUGGAUGAUCAGAGAUUUCGCUAUGUCUCUGACACUGAAAAGCAUGAAGUGAGACGAUAUCGCUUCGGAGAGAAGAAUGGAACAGUGGUGGCGGGUGGCAAUGGAAAAGGUAACCGUCUUAAUCAACUUAAUUUCCCUGUUUACGUCUAUGUCGAUCAAGAUCAGUCGGUGUACGUAUCGGACACCAACAAUCAACGUGUAAUGAAGUGGGUGAAGGGUGCGAAACAAGGAAUUGUCGUAGCUGGUGGCCAAGGCGAAGGGAAUAAUCUGACCCAAUUAUCUUACCCUCAAGGGGUGUUCGUCGAUCAGUCGAGUACAGUCUAUGUAGCGGAUGGGAGAAACCAUCGAGUGAUGCGUUGGUGCAAAGAAGUGACACAGGGCGAUGUCAUUGUAGGUGGAAACGGCGUAGGAGCAGAACCAAUGCAGUUGAAUUGUCCGCGAAGUUUAUCAUUUGAUCGAUAUGGCAUUAUCUAUGUCGUCGAUUAUCAGAAUCAUCGAGUCCAGCGAUUCUCAAUCGAAGUGACCAAUUGA